AUGUCUUACGAUAUGACAACUGGUAGUGCAAAGUUUGAACGAAUGACAAAAGAAGAAAAAUUACGUUUUUGUCAAGAUCUUAUUAAACAAGCUGCUAAUUUAACUAAAUCGUCAGAUUUAAGUGGCGUACAUUCGACAGGAAGUAAGUCUAGUGUUAGUGGUGUACGUUCAACAAGCAAAUCAAGUAAACGACCAGCUUCAACUAGUGGUACUCUAUCAAAAAAAACUAAGAGUGGAACAUUAAGUAAAGAUGAAAAAUCAAAAAUGUAUGGUAAAUCAACUGUAACUAAACAAUCAACAUCAAAAUCUGCAGUCAAAUCACCAACAUCGCAUAAUCCACCAAAAUCGAAGACCAGUUUUCGUCAGCAUUCUUCGGUUCGGUCAGGAGAUAACAAAUCAAAAUCGAAGGCCGAUAAUAAAAAAUCUUCUGUACGUACAGGUGUUAAAACAGGUAGUACAGUUGGUAUUCAAUCAAGUAUGAAAACAGGUAAUAAUGAUUUCAAAUUUUCUAUGAAAGAAAUUGUUUUCUGUUUUUUUCUUGUGUUUUGGUGUUAA